AUGUUUGCUAGACAUUCUAUUGUCUCAGUGUCGUCCGAUUCAUCUAAGGUGGAAACACGUCUGGCUAAUACUCCAUCUCGUGCUUCUCUCUCUUCCCACGUUUCUGGUCAGGAUGUCACCGUGAUUCCCAGCAGCAGUAGUAAAGAUGAUGACCUACUGAGUUCCUCUAGCGAAGAGAUUGAAAAAAUGGCUAUGCAGACGCUAGGGCAUCUGGAAGAGAUAGUCUUUCUUUCAGCAAAUAUUCAGAAUGAGUUCGGUGUGUGCGGUUGGAUUCUCACAAUUCUUUCCUACUUGCUGAUUUUAGUGACGCUACCUAUAUCAGCAUGUAUGUGCAUAAAGAAAGACUACACUGCUGUGAUCUAUCCACAGGUCGUGCAAGAAUAUGAGCGAGCAGUUAUUUUUCGCUUGGGACGUUUGAUGCCGGGUGGAGCCAAAGGACCAGGCAUCUUCUUCAUUAUUCCAUGCAUCGACACGUAUCGGAAAGUAGAUCUACGAGUUCUUUCUUUCGAGGUUCCUCCCCAAGAGGUGACCAACGUUGAAGACGCUGCACGAUCCACUAAACUGCUUGCUCAAACAACACUACGAAAUAUUUUGGGAACCAAAACUCUAGCUGAAAUGCUUUCCGAUCGAGAGGCCAUUUCGCAUCAGAUGCAGACGACAUUGGAUGAAGCCACCGAACCGUGGGGCGUGAAGGUGGAAAGAGUUGAAGUUAAGGACGUGCGACUGCCUGUCCAAUUACAAAGAGCGAUGGCAGCAGAAGCCGAAGCGGCAAGAGAAGCCAGAGCUAAGGUUAUUGUGGCGGAAGGUGAACAGAAAGCUUCUCGUGCUUUGAAAGAAGCAGCCGAAGUCAUUGCCGAGUCACCGUCAGCUCUGCAGUUGCGUUACCUUCAAACACUGAACAGCAUCUCAGCGGAGAAGAACUCAACAAUAAUUUUUCCGUUCCCAAUCGACUUGCUCAGUGGUUUCUUCCAGCGCCCGACUCCGAAAAUGUGA